CUGGCCCGGCCGGGUCGGGCUGCUGGGCGGCCGUGGGGAUGCGGGGCUGGCGGAGGAACCUCGCGCUCUGCCUGCAGCGGCUGCCGGACGAAGAUGAUAGACCCUACUCCAAAGGAGGCAAGGACUCAGCAGGAGCUGACGCGGCUCUGGCAUGCCGCCGCCAGAGCAUUCCAGAGGAGUUUCGCGGUGUCACCGUGGUGGAGCUGAUCAAGCGCGAGGGCAGCACCCUGGGCCUGACCAUCUCAGGAGGCACCGACAAGGACGGGAAGCCCAGAGUCUCCAACCUGCGCCCUGGGGGCCUGGCAGCCAGGAGUGACCUUCUCAACGUGGGUGACUACAUCCGCUCUGUGAAUGGAAUCCAUCUGACCCGGCUCCGCCACGACGAGAUCAUCACGUUGCUGAAGAAUGUGGGCGAGCGCGUGGUGCUGGAGGUGGAGUAUGAGCUGCCCCCGCCUGCCCCUGAGAAUAACCCAAGGAUCAUUUCCAAGACGGUGGAUGUCUCCCUCUAUAAGGAAGGCAAUAGCUUUGGCUUUGUCCUCAGAGGUGGUGCCCAUGAAGACGUGCACAAAUCCCGCCCACUGGUCCUUACCUAUGUGCGGCCUGGUGGUCCAGCAGACAGGGAGGGCUCCUUAAAGGUGGGUGACAGGCUUCUCAGCGUAGAUGGGAUCCCGCUGCAUGGAGCCAGCCAUGCCAGUGCCCUCGCCACCCUGCAGCGGUGCGGCCACGAGGCCCUCUUCCAGGUGGAGUACGACGUGGCCACUCCAGACACAGUGGUCAAUGCUUCUGGGCCCUUGGUGGUGGAAAUAGCUAAGACCCCAGGCUCGGCCCUGGGAAUCUCCCUCACCACUGGCUCCCACCGGAGCAAGCCAACCAUCACCAUUGACCGCAUCAAGCCAGCCAGUGUGGUGGACAGGAGUGGUGCCCUACAUGCUGGAGACCAGAUCCUAGCUAUCGAUGGCACCAGCACAGAGCACUGCUCACUUCUCGAGGCCACCAAGCUCCUGGCCAAUGUGGUGGAGAGAGUGCGGUUGGAGAUCUUGCCUGCGCCCCAAAGUCGGUGGCCCUUGAAGCCCCCAGAGGCAGUGAGAGUGCAGAGGAGUGACCAGCUGCACCACUGGGAUCCUUGCGUGCCCUCCUGCCACAGCCCAAGACCCAGCCACUGCAGGAUGCCCACCUGGGCUGCACUUGGGGGCCAAGACCAGAGCAGAUCCUCGUCCUCGACUCCCUUUUCCUCACCGACCGUGAACCCUGCCUUUCCCUGCGCCAACGCCAGCACCCUGUCCCGUGGGUCUCAGCCCAUAAGCCCCAGGACCACGGCGGCAGGGAGGAGGAGGCAGCGAAGGAGGGAACACAGGAGCUCAUUGUCACUGGCAUCCAGCAUAGUAGGGCCGGGCGGGCAGAUUGUGCACACAGAGACCACUGAAGUCAUACUCUGUGGAGACCCCCUCAGUGGCUUUGGCCUCCAGCUCCAGGGUGGCAUCUUCGCCACCGAGACCUUGUCCUCUCCACCCUUGGUACGCUUCAUCGAGCCUGACAGCCCGGCUGAGAGGUGCGGUCUGCUGCAGGUGGGGGACCGCGUCCUCUCCAUCAAUGGCAUUGCCACUGAGGAUGGGACUAUGGAGGAAGCCAACCAGCUGUUAAGGGAUGCCGCCUUGGCCCACAAAGUCAUUCUAGAGAUAGAGUUCGAUGUGGCAGAGUCUGUCAUCCCAAGCAGUGGGACCUUCCAUGUGAAGCUGCCCAAGAGACGUGGUGUGGAGCUGGGCAUCACGAUCAGCUCGACCAGCAGGAAGCGAGGAGAGCCUCUGAUCAUCUCUGACAUUAAGAAGGGCAGCGUGGCUCACAGGACUGGCACCCUCGAGCCAGGCGACAAGCUACUGGCCAUCGACAACAUCCGCCUGGACCACUGCCCCAUGGAAGACGCGGUGCAGAUCCUACGCCAGUGUGAAGACCUGGUGAAGCUGAAGAUCCGAAAGGACGAGGACAACUCGGAUGAACACGAGAGCUCGGGGGCUGUCAGCUACACUGUGGAGCUGAAGCGCUAUGGUGGCCCCCUGGGCAUCACCAUCUCAGGCACCGAGGAACCUUUUGACCCCAUUGUCAUCUCUGGCCUCACCAAGCGAGGCCUGGCCGAGAGGACUGGUGCCAUCCAUGUGGGGGAUCGGAUCCUGGCCAUCAACAGCGUGAGCCUCAAGGGCCGACCCCUAAGCGAGGCCAUCCACCUCCUGCAGGUGGCUGGCGAGACGGUCACCCUGAAGAUCAGGAAGCAGCUGGACUGUCCCCUGCUCCCCCACAAGUCAAGUAGCCUCAGUGAAGCCAGUGAUAUGGAUGAGGACCCAUCUGAAGCCCUCAAGGGAGGCCUGUUGACCACCCGCUUCUCACCUGCUGUGCCCAGUGUGGACAGUGCUGUGGAGUCCUGGGGCAGCUCGGCCACAGAGGGUGGCUUUGGGGACCCAGGCUCCUACGCUCCACAGGUAGCAGCCCGAAGUGUGACCUCCCAGGAGUGGCGACCCAGCAGACUGAGGAGCAGCCCUCCACCCCCGGAGCUCCGGGGUGCCAGCUACAUGCCAGACCCUGCUGAUGAGAGCUUCCCGGAGGAGGAGGAGGGGGAUUGGGAGCCCCCAGUGAGCCCAGCCCCUGGCCCCACCCGUGCCCACCAGGAGGGCUUCUGGAGCAUGUUUGGGGAGGCCCUUGAAGACCUGGAGUCCUGUGGUCAGUCAGAACUGCUGAGGGAUCUGGAGGCCUCCAUCAUGACAGGCCCAGAUCCCGCGGUGUCCCUGGACAGCAGACCUGGUCCCCAGCCCUGGCAGAAGAAUCGGGAGGGCCGAGCAUCUGCUGGAGACCUGCGGGAGCUGCUACUGCCCUCAUCUCUAGAGAUGCAGAAGGUGACUCUGCACAAGGACCCUGUGCGGAAUGACUUUGGCUUUAGUGUCUCAGAUGGCCUCCUGGAGAAAGGUGUUUAUGUCCACACCGUGCGUACGGAUGGACCAGCCCAGCACGGAGGCCUGCGGCCCUUUGACAGGCUCCUUCAGGUCAAUCACGUUCGCACACGGGACUUCGACUGUUGCCUGGCUGUACCACUCUUGGCAGAGGCAGGUGACACCCUGGAGCUGGUUGUCAGCCGCAACCCGCUGGCACAGAGCCACAGGACACCACGUGUGCCGGGCCCCAGCAGUCCCCGGAUGCUGUGAGGAGUGUGCGGCCCAGACAUCAUGAAGUUGGUCGGAGAAGCGGCUCCCACUCUUCCCUCUGUGGGUCUGGAGAGUUCAAGCCUGGGAUGGAGUCACCUCAGUUUGGGUCUCUAAGAAGCUUAAGGAGUCCCACCCAAAAGGGGCUGGCACUUGCACUCAGGAGAAAGGCCGGGGGUGGGAGGUCCUCAAGGCCCUUCAGAGCCACCUUAGGGAGAAGCCCAGAGUGGGAACAGGGAGCCCUGCUCAGCUUGGGGGCUGGAAUAAGGUGAUGUGAGGCGUUCCCUUCCCGAGGAGGCGAGCGAGCUGGGGCCGGACUGCGCUGGGAGGGGAUCCAGUGCUGUGUCUCAGAUGCCGCUGUUGGGCAGAACUACAUCACACAGGGACCGCGUCACCAUGAAGGAUGUGACACAGGGAGAGCCAGAGCUUUCCCCGCUCUGGAAUCCUGGCACUUGGGCCUCACUGGUUCUGAGAACCUCUGACUUCCAGCAUCCCCGCUGGGGAAGGCCCUGAGCGGGGUGCAUAGGGAGCCGGGAGACACUGAGAUUCCUUUAGGCGGCUUGGUCAUUUCAGCCUCAGUGGCUUGAGAUGGGUGGUUCCGAACCCUGGGCAACUUGUCAGCCCUCCUGUUGCACACCGCCCUCAGCUCGUGUCAUCCUUCCCAGGAGGGCAUGGCUUGGGGAGAAAAGGCCCAGAACCUUCCAUUCACCUGCCCAUGCCAAGGAUGGCAAACCUUGGCAGUGAAAUGGAGGGAUACAAGGAGGGACAGGGGUGGAAGUGGUCGAGUAAUUUUGUUCCCAGGGAAACCCUGGCAGCACUAGUACUCGUAAGUGGGGUUCUUCGCUUUCUACAGUAGACACCCCGUUCUGAGAAGGGCACAGGCUGCUUUGCCCAGUGGGCGGGGCUGGGCUUCAUCCUUGUCUGAGGACUGGUUUUGCUUCUGCCCAGCUCAAGGCCUCCACCCCAACUUCCCUGCUUUCCCCGCCCCUGUGGCUCAAGGUAGGCCAGACAAACAAUCAGCCCACGAGACCAAACGGGGCCAAGAGUCCAUUCUUUUCCUCCUGGCUGCAUCCUUGGCUGGGUGACCUCUCUGGGUUGGACUCCCACUCUGGUCCAUCAAGGUGGAUGUGAGGAGACAGAUGAAUCCCAGCCAAGGCCAGGUCAUCACCACCUAGCUGCCUGCUGAGACCCCUUGGCUCUCCACCAUAAUCGUCCUCCACCUUUCACUCCACUUCCCCAAGCCCUGCCUCUUGUGGUUUCUCUGAGGAUCUCUCUGGGGCUGGGUUGCCCAGUGCCUGUUUGCCCUCUCCUCACAGGGGCACCAAACAAAAGCCAAGAGCCCUCAGCUUCGAGGAUAGGGGGAUAGCCCAGCAGAGAGAUGGCUUCUGGCUGCCAGCAGCCAGAGCAUGGGUAGCUGGCCAAGCCUCUCUGGGCUUGUAUGUGCUGUGGCUGAACUCUCGGGGCUCUUGGCUUUGGGGAUUGGCAUUGCACUUGAGGACUCCAGGUGAGGAAAGACACAUCUCCUUGACUCCCAUCCCUUCUCCUCAGGCUGAGGCUCUUCCACUCUCCCAGACAUAUGCAAUCAGGUCCAGCAGUGUGUGGACCUCUUAGCCAUGGCCAGCGGCCUUCUCAUAUGCAAUAGACCCUCUGGCUUCUCACAGGGGUGUUUGGCCCACACUUGAUGUCCCUGACGCACUCCCCAUCAAGCAUCCUGCCUGCCUAUGCAUUUUGGGGUGCCACCGCUGUGACAUACUCCCAUCCCCAAAGCUGUAUUUUUCUCUGGUUAAGAGUAGAACAUAUUCCUUGUAUUUUUCUAUAUGGGGUUUCUUAAGAGCUCUCGGGAAGCACAACCACCCAUAGGCCACACUGCACAGGCCUUCUGUGGUCUUUUGGGGGCCCACAUGUAAAUCUUUAUCCCACAGGGGUCACGGCAACUGAGGGGGGAGGCAAGUACUAUUGAGAUGAAUUUUUAAUAAAAUAACUUGAACACA